AGAUCCAGAGAAUCGUGAAAGAAGCCCAGUGAGUGGCAUUUACUAUUACAACUAAAUACAUUUAGUUAAAAAUAAACUAAUGGCGCCUCGGGAACGAUGAGAGCAACUUUUCAAAAUAAGCACAUUUGAAAAUACCAGACGUCCCCUAUUUAAAAGUUGUUGUAGAAUAUUUUCCGCUGUUUCCAGUUACAUGUCUUGCACUUCAACAUAGUAGAAAUAAAACACAAUAAUAAAAAAUAAAAAUUUACAAUUGUGUUUUCAUUUAUACCGCAAAGCCUCUCGUCGCGCGGAUAUGACGUAUAGUGUGCCUCUGUGACGUCACUGGCUGUAUUGCCGCGAAAUGUCAAAACAUGGCAGCAGGACUUCUGAAAUAAUUUGAAACCAGGAUCCUCUUGUGAAUUGAAGACAAAAUAAUGAGAAGAAGCCAGUUUAAAAACCUAGAGGGAUCUCCUCUCCAUGGCAAAGAUGCACUCCAACUCCUUCCAAAGAAAGUGCAGGAAAAACUGAUGCCCUUUCAGAGAGAGGGGGUCUGUUUUGCUCUGUCAAGGGAUGGACGGUGUAUGAUUGCAGAUGAGAUGGGUUUGGGAAAAACAAUCCAGGCCAUUUCUGUGGCAUAUAUCUACAGACAGGAAUGGCCACUGUUGAUUGUGGUGCCUUCAUCGCUGAAAUACCCCUGGAUUGAAGAACUAGAAAAAUGGAUUCCUGAACUCGAGCCCAGAGACAUCAACCUGGUGGAAAGCAAGACCGACAUAAUGAGUAUCGGCACUAGUAAAGUGACUAUUCUUGGAUAUGGGCUGCUCACCACAGAUGCACGACCCCUGCUGGAGGCUCUGAACAAACAACGUUUUGGCAUUGUUGUAGUGGAUGAAUCCCAUUACCUGAAGUCCCGUAAUGCAGCUCGUAGUAAAAUACUAGUGCCAAUCAUCCAGAAUGCCAAGCGUGCCAUACUUCUAACUGGCACCCCGGCGCUGGGCAGACCAGAGGAGCUUUUCAUGCAAAUCGAUGCCCUGUAUCCACGGAGGUUCGGAACCUGGAGCGACUACGCCAAAAAAUACUGCAACGCGCAUUACAAGUAUUUUGGUACCAGACGUCAAUGGGAUUGUCGCGGCGCAUCUCAUUUGGAUGAGUUACACCAGUGUCUCAGUGAAAUCAUGAUUCGUAGACUGAAGAAUCAAGUGCUAACUCAACUACCACCCAAAGUACGCCAACGAAUUCCCUUUGACUUACCCAAAGACGCAGCCAAGGAAGCGAGUGCUAGUUUUGAGCAGUGGGAGCGGUUGAUGAGUUUUCAGAGUGAGAAUCAGUUUGUGGAGGUGAUGAGUCUCAUCACACACAUGUAUAAACAGACCGCCAUUGCCAAGGCUGGAGCAGUGAAGGACUAUAUAAAGAUGAUGUUGGAGACAGAAGAGCUAAAGUUUCUGGUUUUUGCUCAUCAUCUCAGCAUGCUGCAGGCAUGUACCGAGGCUGUCAUCGAGGCCAAGGCUGGUUAUAUCCGCAUAGAUGGCAGUGUUCCAUCUGCAGAGAGGAUCCAACUGGUGCAUCGUUUUCAGAAUAACCCAGACACACGGGUGGCCAUACUAAGUAUACAGGCUGCUGGACAGGGUCUGACAUUUACGGCCGCGUCUCACGUGGUCUUUGCGGAACUCUACUGGAAUCCAGGCCACAUAAAACAGGCGGAAGAUCGAGCGCACCGCAUCGGACAGACAACCACCGUGCACAUCCACUACCUAAUCGCCAAAGGAACUUUUGACACCGUCAUGUGGGCUAUGCUCAACAGAAAGGAAACAGUAACGGGGAGCGCUCUGAACGGAAAGAAAGAGUAUUUGAAAGCUGAGGAGGGAGAUAAGGAGAAAUGGGACUUCCUGAAUUUCGCUCAAGCAUGGACUCCAAGCAAGACCACGAGAGGCGACUCUGAGGAUGACAAAGACAGCCUUUUCUUUUCUCAUUUUGAAAGGGACAAACAGCAUGACAUCCGAUCGUUCUUUUCCCCUUCUGUGAAUCAAGAGAAGAAAAGAAAAAGAACAGCGGAUUCAUCUUCUGACAGCUUGCCUCCCGCCCAAUCACCCGAGGGGCCAGAGCCUAAUCAGACCACAGAGAUCCAGAGUUCUGUUUCGGAGGCCAAUCAAGGGGAAGACUUUUCCCCCCAGCUGAAACGAUUUAGGCAGGUUACCCCGUUGUCGUGCAGGGGUAAGAAAAGCCCUCUGUCGCCCUUGUGCGCUCCCCGCAGGCUGUCAGAAGGACUGCAGGCACCACGCCACAAUCAAAAGUGGAGCUGUUCAUCAUGUACGUUCUCCAACAGUGGAUUGCUGCUACGCUGUGAGAUGUGUGAAACUCCACGAAACUUGCAGAGAGCUCCAAGCCCACCUUCCUCAUUAUCGAAUCCCCCCUCCUCUGCCUCGUCCUCAUUGCUUGCUGCCUCAUGCAUCUCUGACUCAGACCACGAAAGUGAGCUGCCCACCCCCAGUGCCCCAGCCAGAGAUCCCAACACCAGCACCCCACGGACUCCACAUGCACAUCCGAGCCAAUGGGCCAAUCAAGACGAAGCGGAGAUGCACAUACGUAUGUCUCAAGAAACACGAGGACUCACCCCAGAAAUGCACUCCAGUGGUAAUGACAAUCACACUCAUGAGGAGUCGGACAAUUCCUUUCCCGUGUACGACAGUCUAAAGUUCUGUGCCAGCAAAAACACAGAUAGGAUCUACAUAUAUGACAAGGAUGGUCUCCCGCUCCACUGUAACUUCGUUCCUCUGGAUAUCAGACUGCAGAACUGGGAGGAACUGCCACCAGAAUUCAAUCACACUGACAACAGGAGACAGCUUGUGCGUUUUGUGCGCGAAUGGAGCUCUCUCACACUGAUGAGGCAGAGGAUGGUGAGGAAGAGUGGAAGAGUGUUUCACAGCCCCAUCCUGCUGCUAGAGGAACUCACACACUCACAGAGACGCCACAGCAGCACCUCCAGGUAUCUCUCUAAACAGGAUGUAGCUCAGACCUCCAUUGCCGUGGCUCAGAAAGAGGGCGGAGCUAUUCGCAUCAUCAAUAAGGACAAUGUCGCCCCUAAACGAAAAUCCACAGCCAAACCAAAUAACCAGAUCGAUGGAGAAGCCGAGAGCUCCUCUGUAUGUAUCCGGACAGACUCUGAGUGCGGUUACCUGCAGGCCCUGGACUCGGCCGGUACCCCCUUGUGUCUGUCCUGCCAGAAGCCUAGCAGGGAGCACUCAGGCUGGGCAGGAGGCUUCUGCAGCCCUGCCUGUAUGGAGGACUUCCAGCUGCGCUCAAAUCAGAGCUUCAUGCGUGCCCGCGUGCUGGAGACUGAGCAAGGUGUGUGUCAACACUGCGGAUUGAACGCCCACCAACUCUACCUGCAGGUCCGAGACGCCCCGUGCACACACCGCAAGGAGAUACUGGACAACACCUGGCUGGCACAACUUCCUCUAAAACAGCUGAAUGAAAUGAUUCACAAUCCUGUUGAAGGACAAUUCUGGCAGGUGGACCACAUUAACCCCGUGUACAGAGGAGGAGGACAGUGUUCACUGGAGAACCUUCAAACCCUCUGCACUGUCUGCCAUCGUAUGAGGACAGCACAGCAAGCUAAAGACAGAAGUCAGAUGAAACGGGACAGAGCUGCAUCCAAACUAGCCUCUGACAUCACGCGAUUCUUCGUGAAAAAAUGAGAUGCACUGCCUGUAGCUAUUCAUUUCAUAUAAAUAUCCACACACACAAAAAAGUAUUUGAGCAGCAAAGAACUGUUGUCUUGGAAAUGAACUGCCUUCAAAGUUACAUGUCACAAUUAUCAUUUACAAACAUCUGCAGUAUUUGAACAUUGUUAUUUCAGUGAAAAUGUGUUAGUUGUUCAGGCAGCUGGUUUUAAAUAUUGGCAUCUUGCAUUCUGCAGUUUAAAAUGAUUAGCUUCCCACAACCAAGAGUGUUAAUUUUCUUUAUGCAUUGAAAGUAUUUGUGUUAUUAAAAACGAGGCACUGCGAAAAUUAAAUUAUGAAUAACUAAAUAAAUCUGAUAUAUUAAAAUUACCAUGACCUUGACUCGUGCACAUGCUCCAACACAUUGAGCUGUAGUGCUUCAAAGUGAGCAUGCAAAAGUACCAGAACCAAAUUCUUGUAUGUUUUCUACUAUCACAAUCAAGACUGCAUUUGCAAAAUUCUGAACCUGCAAAUUAAAUAUAUUGCAGUGCAAGGAGUGUUGAAAAUACUUGGAUCGCUGUAACAUUUGUUGCCGUAAGAAGUUUCACAGUCCCUCGUAGACUCACAAAGGCUGUUGGGUUUUUAGGUCAGUGCAGAAAGAAGGGUGUCUGGGCAAGACAGAAUGUUCUGCUGGCUGUAUCACCUUCACUAGUGCAGUGCUGGGUGUCUCCUUCAGCACAAUAAAGCUUAUCUCUCCUUCAGACAGACAGAGGGAAAGAGAGACAGGUUGACACAAGAUGCAGGGUAGGUAUUCUUGUACUGCUGUGUACAUUUAUAAGGAACUUGUAUGUUUACCUUUAGUCUAAAUCUGAAUCUCUUUUAUUCACCAGUACUUGUGAGGAACAGGAAUUUACUUUGGUCACAUUUGGCACCUGCCCAACAUGCAACAAAAGACAGUUACAAUAUGAUAUACACAUUACCAUACAAUAUACACAAUACAUAUACAACUAACAUACAGUAUGUGCAUAAGAAUUAGUAAUCAUUUUGGGUAAAAAAGGUUUUCACUUGUUUUGAUUUAAGAUUGCAAUUUUUUUCUUCUUGAUAGUGUUUUGAUCGCAAUUUGGUCAUAUGUAGAAAUAAUAAUUUUGACUGAAAUAAAAUC